AGUCCCCGCCCAAGAAAGCUUCUAUCGUCAACACUUCGGAGUAUUAUCGACCCACCCCUGCCGUCUCUAAAGUUUUACGACCAUUCUAAUUUUCAGCUGUUCAUCGGAAGAGAAUGAAUGCUCCAGAUCGUUACGAACGAUUUGUCGUCCCGGAAGGCGUCAAGAAGGUUUCAUACGAGCGGGACACGAAGAUCAUCAAUGCUGCCACUCUAACCGUCGAGAGGGAAGACCACACAAUCGGAAACAUUCUUCGCAUGCAGUUGCACAGGGACAGUAAUGUUCUCUUUUCCGGUUACAAGUUGCCUCACCCUCUUCAGUAUAAAAUCAUACUCAGGAUUCAAACAACAAGCCAGUCUUCCCCAAUGCAGGCUUAUAAUCAGGCUAUUAAUGAUCUUGACAAAGAGCUAGAUCAUUUGAAAAAUCAAUUUGAGAUUGAACUGGCAAAGCACGUGCAAGAGUAUUGAUCAACUUGUGUUUUUGUGGUAGCAUAUGAGGAGCUGGAGCUUAGAUCAAUUCAAAUGGAAUGACUUAGUUGGUCAUGAUAAUGGCACUUUUUCUCUAUGUGAACUUGUUGUGUUGUAUUUGAACUAGCUAGCUAAUUUGAAGUUACAAACGGGGUACUAGUAAUGACUUAGACUCCAUUUAUGCAGACCGUGGCUUGAAUGUAGAUUUCAAGUGUUGUUUUUCCCUAAUCAAUUAGUAACAACUCU